AUGGUGUGUCUUUCGAGCUUUGUUGUCAGCGCGACUUUGGCGGCCACUACCCUCGCCUGGGUCAUUCCCAAGGCCCUCCCGUGGGCGAACCUUGCCAUCUCCGCCUCGCCCGAUGACCGUUACCUGUAUAGGACCAAGACCAAAGAGCCCUUCUUCUGGAUCGCCGACACUAAUUGGGAGCUUUUCCACAAGCUCAACCGCACCGAUGUCGACCUCUAUCUCGCGGACCGCGCUACCAAGGGCUUCAACGUCAUCCAGGCGGUUGUUCUAUCCAAGUACAAUGUUACAACUGUUCCCAACUUUUACAGAGACCUAGCCAUCAACAAUGACGACGUGACGCAGCCCAAUGAGGGCUACUUUUCCUUCGUCGACUGGGUCGUGACACGCGCCGCUGAGUAUGGCAUCCUCAUCUGCUUCGUUCCCACCUGGGGUCGCUACGUCAACUGGGGCUGGUACGGCACCCUGGGCUAUAAACUCUUCGACGUGGACAACGCCGAGGUGUUCGGACGUUACCUGGGAAAACGAUACCCCGGUAUCCCCAAGUUGAUGGGCGGAGACUCCAACGCCUUCUGGGCCAACAAUGUUCCCCAGGCUCGUCAGGCAUGGCGCGACGACCCUGAGUCAGACCCUAAAUCUCAUCUCGGCCCCAUCGAAGAUACAAGAGAUAUUUGGGCCGCCAUGAUGAAGGGCUUCAAGGAGGAGGAGGCAAAACUGGGCUACGAUGCCUUUGUCUCCUACCAGCCCAUGAGUCCUUGGAUUGUUGAUCCUCCUACACCCUUCCCGUAUGGACACAACUAUAUCAACGGAAGCUAUGGAACUCUCUCCAUGGACGCUGUUCAGUCUGGCCACGAGCGCCCCGACCCCAAUAGCCUUGACGCUGGCUUCACUGUCCUGCGCCCAUGGGAUUCUCGCAAGAACUACGAGAACAUCCUUCACAUGCGUGACGAACUUUCUGGCCCUGUCAUGGAUGUUGAGAACCACUACGAAGGCGCCCAUGACUCCUUCAACACUAGCAAGCCGGUCUGGAACUCAUCCGACGUCCGCCACGGCUACUAUCCCGCGGUGCUUUCAGGUGCCUGCGGAAUCACCUACGGCUCUCUCCCCCUUGGUCUCUCCAAGAACGCUAGUUGGCACGAAGCGAUCCACUGGGCAGGCGCCAAGGAGACAGGUUAUGUCGGUCACUUGUUCAAAGGCCUCUCCAAGAAGCAGUUCCGAGGCCUCCAGCCUGCCCGCGAGUUCAUAUCGUCUCCCAAUGGCGCUUCUGAUAAUAUUCUAGCGUUUGAUGCCGAUCGCUACAUUACUGGAAUUAUCACCAGCGGCCAGUAUUGGGUCUAUAGCGGAUGGGGCGACGCAUUCACUGUCGAUCUCGCGGCUAUCGCCAGACAGUGGAGAACAUCGGCUCCUAUCACCGCCCAGUGGUUUAACCCGCGCACGGCUGGGCUGGAGUCUGUCGGUUCAAAGGCAAUCCAGGCCAAGGGAAAGAAGACGUUCACGCCACCGACUAGCGGAGGUGUGGACUUUGAUUGGGUGCUGAUUCUCGAGUUAACUAAGGGCGACUGUAUAUAG